GGUGGCUGUGGGCGGGGCUAGUGGGGCGCUCGGACGCCGGGGAUCUGCCGGCUGGAUCUCGGUCCUCGCCAGUUGUAGGGCGCUGACGGCUUGAGAGCGCGGCUGGUCUCGGAGGCCCCGCUGCUGCCGGAUCCGGGCAGGUUCCUACUGUCCUCGCCGCCCCCGGCCCGCACCGAGAGCCAUGGCCCAGCCGCCGCCCGACGUCAGUGAGGACGAGUGUCUCCCUGAGUACCGCCAUCUCUUCUGCCCCGACCUGCUCUGGGACAAAGUGGCCUUCAUCCCAGGUGGCGGCUCUGGGAUUGGGUUCCGGAUUGCUGAGAUUUUUAUGCGGCACGGCUGCCACACAGUCAUCGCCAGCAGAAGCCUUCUUAGAGUGUCAAAGGCUGCGGGAAAGCUGACUGCCGCCACUGGCCGGCGGUGCCUCCCUUUAUCUCUGGAUGUUCGGGCUCUCCCAGCCGUCGCAGCUGCCGUGGACCAGGCGCUGAAGGAGUUUGGGAAAAUCGACAUUCUUGUUAACUGUGCAGCUGGAAACUUCCUGUGCCCUGCCAGCACAUUGUCCUUCAAUGCCUUUAAGACCGUGAUGGACAUCGACACCUUGGGCACCUUCAACACAUCUCGUGUGCUUUAUGAAAAGUUCUUCAGGGACCAUGGAGGGGUGAUCGUGAACAUCACCGCGACCCUGGGUACCCGGGGGCAGGUGCUUCAAGUGCAUGCAGGCUCUGCCAAAGCAGCUGUGGAUGCAAUGACACGGCACUUGGCUGUGGAGUGGGGUCCCCAGAACAUCCGUGUCAACAGCCUCGCGCCUGGCCCCAUCAGUGGCACAGAGGGGUUCCGGCGGCUGGGUGGCCCCCAGGCCAGUGCCGGCACUAAGACUCUGGCCAUCCCCCUGCAGAGGCUGGGCAACAAGACAGAGGUCGCCCACAGCGCACUAUACCUGGCCAGCCCUUUGGCAUCCUACGUGACGGGUGCCGUGCUGGUGGUUGACGGUGGGGCAUGGCUGACAUUCCCCAAUGACAUCAGGUUGCUGGACAAUUUCGCAUCCUUCUCUGCGAAGCUCUAGACUGGCCACUCAGGGGUGCUGCCCAGGGGAUGUGCAGGAGGCAGAAGCUGGUGCCCCUCGGCCUUCCCCUGUGACCUUGGCAUCUGCCGGAAUUUCUGACAGGCACAGGACGGCUAAAGCAAAGGAGCCAUUCUGAAGGGAAGCUGGUCCACAGUCCCCCUGGGACUCCUCCUACAGUGCUCCUCCCACGACUGCCUCCCACCACAAACUGGACAGUCUCAGCAGCAUCUAAACCAGAGACUGGCCCCUCCUCUGGGAACUGUGCUGUGUCCACAUUCCCUCCCCAUGGCCCCGUCUCCCGUGCUCAGGUGGGAGUGACCGGGCAGUGAGGCCAUCUGCUCACCUGGUUGUCUGCCAGGGGGACUGUAACAUUCUGGAGCUCCCUCAGGAGUUGACCUGGGGUCUGCGGCUGUCCCCCCUGUCUGCCCUGUCUUGUCCUGGCCUGGGAGGCCUUUGUUGUCCUCCUGCCUGUGUCCCCUGGGUGCCCUGAGGUGGCCCCACUGCCUGGCUGCAGAAACCGGGGCAUCUCAGGCUCCCUGUCUUCCCUUCCUGGCUCUUCCACUUGGGGAUCUUACUCCACAAGGGAAAGCCAGACCAGAGAGGCUAGAGAAGCAGGUUUGAUCCCUCCCAGCCCAGGCCUGGGGUCCUGGAUCUCCUCACCAGAGUGUUGGGCUGCAGAUGGGAUCCCCUGGCCGGGGGACAUCCAUCCCUCUCAGCCAUUGGUGACAUGGACCGGGUUGUCUUCCACCUGCCCUGGAGUCUGUCCUUUGCUGGGACAUUCCCAUGGACUUAGUCCUGCGUCAUUCCAGGCCUGACUUUCUAGGCCCUCCACCUGGCACACAGCCCUCUCCUCCCUGUCUGUACCACCGGUUGGCAUAAGCAUAGGUCCUAGCAUUUUGCCAAUAAAUGCAUUUCCCUAAAAAAUAUUCUUUUUACUAUGAGACAAUUUACUGGACUUUGCAAAAGUUUGUAGAAGGAAAAGGAAGACACUUGAAUCACCAGUGUGUUGCAGUCAUUUCAAGGUGGGGAUGUUUCCUUUCUGUCUUUUUUCUGCGAGGAGUUUAGAAACCUCUUCCCACCUGGUACUUGAGGCCCCCAUCCUCGGCCAGGUGGAGCCCACCCUGAGGCAAGGGGAGGCCGUCUGCUUCCGUGGUGGGAGGGUCUGUGCUCAGACCAGCCAGGUCCCCGAGGGGGCUACGUUACCCACAAGGUUCCGGUCUGCUCCCAGGUUGCUGUGGUCGUGAUUAGAGGAUGGAGCUUGAGCCCCUGCCCCAGAUGCCACGUUCACAUGUCCCUUGUCCCAGUCCCUUCAUUCUAUGAAGAGACCCUCCCUGCCUUCGAGGGGGGGAACCAGGGCAGCCGAGAAGCCACCUGGCGGAGGGGGUCCCUGCACUUGCUAUUUAAAGGUGCUUCAUGGGGCACCUGCGUGGUUCAGUCAGUUGAGCGUCCAACUCUUGAUCUCAGCUCGGGUCUUGAUCUCAGGGUCGUGAGUUUAAGUCCCACAUGGGGCUCCAUGACGGGCGUGGAGCCUACUAAAAAAAAAAAAUGAUAAUAAAUAAAAUAAAGUAAAGGUGCUUCUUGUCGUGGAGAGCAGCAUGUGGUGGCAUCAAGUCCAGCAGCAAGGAGACAGAUGGGUCCUUCUCACGCUGCUGGGUGGGAGUAGUUACUGGGGAGGGUAGCCAGUGAGGGACAGGCUGUCCUCAGAGCCGCCAGUCUGGGCUGCCGCCUCUCCCUGAAGAAGGCCCUGGGGGCUGCCAGAGGUAGGGUGACAGCCAGGCUCUGCUGCUUUUGAAGCUUGGGUGGCACAGUUGAGGUAAAAACACUGCCCCAGGGGGUCUGGUUAAGAAAGGCUGCCUGCUGGGACUGCGCGGUGACUUCGUGCUGGGAGGACCGAGUCUGGAAAGCAGGUUGUAGGAGCGGGCCUUCGAUUCCGGCCUCAGUCAGCUUCUCCAGAGAAACAACCAAUAGGGUAGAGACAGAUCUGAGGUUUGUUUUAGGGAUUGGCUCACGGGACUGGAGUGCGUGACGUCCCACGAUCUCCGUCUGCAAGCUGGAGACCCAGGAAAGCCAGUGGUGUCCGAUGGUCUGAGAAACAGGUGCUCUGGCAAGAAAAGAUGGACCUCCCCGCUCAAGCAGAGAGAGGGGGAGUCGUCCUUCCUCUGCCUUUGCAUUCUCCUGGGGCCAUCAGUGGAUUGCAUUGGUGAUGCCGCCACGUUGCUGAUGGCAGACAGUCUCGCCUCGGUCUACCAAAUCACAUGCCAGUCUCUUCCAGGAAUACCCAGAAAUAAUGGCUUGAAUGCGGUGGCCCGUUGGCUGCGACAUAGGCCCUGUCUGUUCGGCUUUCUGCACCAGCCCAGGCUGUCCCUCAGGUCUAGGGUGGCUGCUGGGGGCUCCUCGGUCACAGGCACACGCACCCUGUGCCUGGAGGUGAGGCUGCUGGCGAGGGGACCGGCAGGGGUGCGGGUGGUCCUGGUGGCGGCCCUCUGGCCCCGUGGCGAUCGGCAGAGACCUCGCUUCUCCCCUUUGGCACAGGCCAUCUCUGAAUUCCCUGAGGGAAUGCCAGGUCCUCUGAAAGGGUGAUUGUGUACAUGUGAACCCUAGUCAGAGUUUCCUGAAACCUUCGCUGCCGAAGCCGGUCCGCAGGCCUGCCAACUCCGAGCUCCCCCUUCAACGGGUGACGGUGCUCUGCUUUGGUCCCUUCGAAGCCAUGGAGAAACGUGAGCCAGAGCAGAGGGCUGCCAGCCUCUCCACCAGUGUCUCGGGCGGAUACACUGUUGGAAAAGCACUUCAGGCCUCAUCUGCUAAAAGACUAAAUGAGCAACUCCCAGCUCCUUCUUCGCUCUGGUGUCGUGAGCCACAUGGGUUAUUCCCGAGACGUCAGCAUGACGCGGUGCACAGCUGCGUGUUUGCCUUUGUAUAUACAGAAAGCAAAGGAAACCUUAAAAUUGUCUGAAAUAAGGAGUGCUAAUUUGGGGGAGUUUCUCUCUGCUUACUCCUCCUGUUGUCAUGGUAACUCGGUAAAAUUCAACUGCACCUUGCAUGUGUUAGCUUUGUCCUUUGUGGCACCUCGGAAAGGCCCGGAGGUCAGGCCCAAGCACUAAUGCUGGUUUCCCAAAUGCCAGACUUGUGCUGCGCCUGCUGUCCCCGUGUCCAUCUCUGGUCACUCUGGGUCGUUCACCUUGUCCCCCCCACCCCCCAUCUUCCUCUCCCCUUUCUUUCCUGCCCUGUGCACUGUGGCAUCUGCCAGAGCUAGGCCACCCCAAUGGGGCAUAAAAGAUUUAAGAGGCUGAGGGGAGACCUCGCUCACACACUAUCCAGCACCAAGUGCACACCGAGCACCUGUUUUUGCCCAGCACCCUGGCUGAGGACUGACAUGUGAGCACAACUGACUAACUUCCAGUCUUCUACCUCGGCAUCUGUACGAUGGGCUCUCUGAGUAAAGCAGGAAGAGUGAGAAGAUGAAUCCUGAGAAUCUGCACAAUUUGAGGCUCAGCAGGGAUGGGACAGCUGGGUGGCUGAGUCGUUAAGCAUCUGCGUUCGGCUUAGGUCAUGACCCCAGGGUCCUGGGAUCCAGUCCCACAUCAGGCUCCCUGCUCAGCGGGGACUCUGUUUUUCUCCCUCUCCCUCUGCCGCUGCUCAUGCUCUCUCUCUCUCAUAAAUACAUAAAAUCUUUUUUUUUUUUUUUAAUUUAUCUGAGAGAGAAAGAAAGAGCACGGGUAGGGGGAGCAGCAGAGGGAGAGGGAGAAGCAGACUCCCCGCCGAGCAGGGAACCCGAUGCGGGGCUCGAUCCCAGGACCCCGGGACCACGACCCGAGCCGAAGGCAGACACUUAACCGACUGAGCCACCCAGGCGCCCCUAUAAAUACAUAAAAUCUUAAAAAAAAAAAAAAAUUGAGGCUCAGCAGAUGUUCCUCUCUCCUCUGUCCUUCACAUCAUUUUGUCCUUACCCUAUGGAUUCGAGCAAGCCUGCCGCCCAGUGGUCAAGCCCCCACCCUGUGCUGCAUGUCCAGCUGAGGGUUUUGCUCAUUCCUGGCUCUGCACAGAGACCCAGUCAUGCUGCACCUAGGCAGCAGUGUCCUCUUGAGCAGGGCAGAUGGGCUCUCUGGGGUCAGGGUUUCCCAGGUGGGGCUAUGGGCCCCCUCGGGAUACUUAGCCCAGUUUGUGUUGGAUGCAUGCAGCAGGACUCUACUCUGACUGUUCAGACCCAAAGAGAGGGAACGUAUGAGAAUGCUCCUGGGCCCCUUCACUGGCUCCAAGGGUAGGGUGCACUGGAGCUUGGGGCCCCAGGGCUCUAAGGCCCAGGAGUGAGCAUCCCUUCCUUCUCACACCUCUACCUGUCCCUGUGAACCUGCACCUUCCCCUCACUGCACCUCAGCUCUCUCUCUGACCAGGUCCCAGCCACUGUGUAUACAAGCUGUAGCCCAACCCCUGCAGAGAAAGCCAGCGUUCUUUCUGUCAGACUCGCAUCCAAAGUUCUGAGGAAAGGUACACAUUCACUCCAUUUGGAUCCGGAGUCCAGCUCUUAUUCAGUAAACCGUGGCCAAAGGUUGAUCACAUCAUAUGAACAUGACAACUCCCAUUACAGCCGUGGGCUUGGAGAGGGGCUGCUUCUAGAAAAUGUGUGUUAGCAGACCAUCCCAUGUGGAUCCUGACUUACACCAAACAAACUCACUAAAGUCCAAUGUGUAGCCCACCAUGCUGAUAACGUGUGUGUGUGCACACGUACUCUUCCAGUGACAGGUGAGUCUUAGGUCCCCUCUCUGGUGACGCCCAAAGGUCAGUUGGAAGAUGAUAGAGGCUGCCUACUCCGGUCCUCUGUCUACGUUCUCCCCUCGUAUCUUGGGACCAGGGCUCUGUCCAACUCAGCCCUUCUGUCCUGGGGACCGUGGUGGAGACGGAAUCUUCCCCUGGACUUCCCUUUUCCUCGCUCCUUCUAACUUGGCGCUUUGGUGAAACAGCCCCACACCAACAGGGAAUUGAUGGAUUUCAUAUUUAUCCCUGGAUUCUGGUGCAGGUCUCUGGGAGUGGACCCAUAUAACCUUGCCAACGGGUAGAGGAUUCUAGAACUCUUCAUUCAUGUAUUUUGAUUAUCUCUUGCAUUAUU